AUGAAGAUCUACCCGGACCUAAACCCGGACCUGGCCGCCUGGGCAGCCCGGUCUCGCCCCUCCCACUUCGCCGUCCUCUCCCCGGCUCUAGUCGCCUACGUCGACCGCACCGGCUCGGGCUGCGAGACCAUCGCCCACGCCUACGAGAACGGCCGCCUCACCAUCAUGUUCAACUCCUUUGGCCCCGCACCGCGCAUCCUCCGCCUCUUCUGCAACGCCGAGAUCCUCGAGCAGGACCACCCCAGGUUCGCCGCCACCCUGGCCAAGAUUGGCGACGCGAGCGGCACGGGGCGGAGGGUGUACGUCGGCGCGAGGGCCAUCGUGCUCGGCCACAUCUGGAGAGUCACUACGAGCUGCGGGUUCGGCGUGCCCCUCAUCCGCAAGGAGCUGCUCCCUCCGGGCGAGAACGAGCUGUACGCCUUCGCCGAGAGGCCUACGAUGGAGCUUUGGGUCUCGAAGCAAGCCGAGAGCGCCGACGGAGCCGUGCUGGAGUACCAGGCGGCGAACAACACUACGAGCCUGGAUGGGCUUCCUGGCCUAAAGACGGCGAGGAGGGAUGCGGGGAGAAGUGGCUGGCCCGUAAAGAACUAG